AUGGUGCACUCCGAUUUGCCUAAUAAAUCACCCAAACUUUUGGAUAAGCUGAGAAUUUCAGCACCAUAUCCGUUUUGUGCCACCGAUUUGUCACCGGUGUCUAAUUCGAUGUGCUCUCGAAAUCAUGUUUUGAUUCGUCUCCAUCGUUUUUUUGAUCCGAGACUGUACGCGAAUCGACAAGAGUGGAAUCGGAGGCUUGAGUCUGUCUCGCUGACCCAGGUUCAUCUUAUAGCUCUCAUCUGCGACGAUGGUGAGUCAGGAGGAAUUGCACCCAUCGUUGAUCUCAGCUCGUCGGAGGCAUUAUAG